AUGGAAGCUGGUGAAACUGAGCGUGGACCCGCCCACGCGUCAGCCCUCAGGCCGGAGACGGCUUGCUCACAUCCUGGCCUGCGCAAGCGACCCCCCAACGCUACCAGAAAGCUGCUUGAGCCGUCUGAUGAAGUCUCCGGCCAGGCCGGGCUUACCAGUUGUUCCCGCUCCCAGCCCAUCUAUCCCGCGCACUUGCGAAGGGACGCCUCUGCGACGACUGCCACCGCUUCCGGUGUCUUCCCUCUGGGCGUCGGGCAAGGAUAUCGGUCUUUCGCCGAUCCAGAAGCCAGUUCACCGCGCCGCAGAACCCAAUGGAUCACGCCCAAGCAGAUGCAGAAAGACGUAUAUGCUGAUGAUGGACUGGCUAGCGUGGUCAUCCUCGCAGGGAGCCUCUUAGACGCAGCUGAAAAGCUUUUGGCCACAGUAAUCAAAAGCGUGGGAUUUCUCGUCACAAUUCCUACCCUGGUUGAUCUCAAUGAUUGUGACUUGGCAAUUCGCACUACAAUCAGCUGGGACGCUCGCCAGAUCAACUGGGUCAUUGCGGGAUCCAUGGCCAUCAUGGCCAUCCUUACUAUCAUUGUCUCCGCCUAA